AUGCAGCACGCAGGGAAACUCAGCCCCACGCCGGUUCAUGCCACAGACUACAAAACCACACUGCGCUGGCAGGGGGCUGCAGCUAAUGGAGCUGGUGAUGUCCCGUCCUUUCCCCCAUCCCCAGUGCUGCUGGCUGCCACCCUCAUACUUCCCCUCCUCCCCCCGGCAGUGUAUCACUGGAUAGAGAUGCGAUCCAAGAUGAGGGCUCCGCGGGGCCCCCCCAAAAAGCCACUGAACGAGGAGGCGGCGGCGGAGCUGGGCGCGGAGCUGCUGGGCGAGGCCAUCGUCUUCAGCGUGGGCGGCUUGUGCAUCUUCCUGGAGUACGCGCGCCAGGCCUCCAACACCAGGAAGAAGGAGGAGGAGCAGAGCAGCACCCUGCUGGGCCUGCAGGAGCAGGUAGCCGAGCUGGGCCUGGCUGUGGAGACUUUGGACACGCAGCUGCGCGAAGUGAACCGCCUGCUCCUGGCUGUCUCUGACAGCGCCAAGAAAUAGGGGCCUGCCGGGAGCGAGAGGCCAAGCAGGAGCCACCCUGCCCGGGGAGGACACAGGGCUGGCCACGGCCGGAAGGACCCGGCGAGAAGCCUCCUGACGAGGGCUCGGGGAUCCCGGUUCAUGACCCUACUCAGCUCCUGUGGGGCUGGAGUUUUCUAGCUUGUAAAUAUUCAUCCAUUAAAACCCACCUGCUGCUGAG